UGGUGUGUUUGCAAGUAGAGAGAGUGAAACGAGUCGUGUUUGGCCAGUUGGGCCGAUGGCGUGCAAUAGUCGACAUUGCUGCUACUGCUGCUCUUCUUUGUUUGCUGGUGGUGGUGGUGGUACCAUGUCAGGGUGAAAGUAAUGUUACUUUCACAAUCACGAGGACAAAAACGGCAUGCAAUCCUGGCUGCCUUCUCAGAUCCAGAUUGUAAUCAGAUCGAACAAGACAAAGACAAAAGGUUCUCCUCCGCCUCCCGUGUAAGAUUUCCCCAGUUUUCCUAUCAUCCAUCCCGUACACUGAGGAAAGGAAGAAAAAUUUCUUAUGUACCAAAUUGAAAAGGGAACCUGUGAGAAAUAGCCUGUACUUACACAUACUUAUGGGCUCUGCAAUAACUUUUUCCGAUAAAAUCGCCAGUAAAAACUGCCAAAACCUGCAGAAUCUACCAGGGGAGCUACCUCCUUUGUGUACAAGUGCUGGUGGUAAUAGUUGCAAUAGUGGCAAUCACAGCCAGCAGCAUCACAAUCACCGCCAUUUCUCCCCCAGAAAUCACGUAGACGUGAACUAUUGUGAGUACGAGGAGGAUCUGGAAGAGAGUGAAACAAUUCUUUGCUUCGAGGACAAGACCAAGUCGGACGGCGAAGAGGAAGAAUCCACAACCGACGAGGAAGAAGAAGAAUAAGGCGAGGAAACAGCAGACGCUCGUCAUCGUCCACGUGGGAGAGUCCGUACGUUUCUGAUCACUUUGAGCAAAUGUAUCAUGGGACGAAGAUGCCUCUGCGACACAAUUAAGCCCAUAUUAAAACUGUCCCAACUGUUGGGCGUCAUUCCAUUGAAUCUGGACCACGAGAAGAAUUCUGCGGGUGAGAAAACCGGGUCGUGUGAGCUCACAUUUAACUGGAAGUCUCUCUCGACAUUCCUCAACACAUCCUUCAUCUUCUUCUUCCUUCUCAUUUCACCCAUCGCACAUUCUGAAAUCCGUGAUCGAAUGAGUAUCGUCUUCAGCGGAACCGACCUGUACGCGUUCAGUCUCCAGACUGUUGCAAUGGUUUUGGAGACGACAAUCCUCCUAACCGUGGGACGACUCUAUCAAGGAAAGUUCUCCAGGGGGUGGUCGUCACUGAAUGAAGUGUUUCAUGCAAUAUGCGACUCUGCGGACGACUUGAAACAAAUCAAACUGGGCUCGUACAUCACAGCCUUGAUAAUUAUGAUGGAGGGUGUCUUCUUCUUCAUUUUCAUGUACUUGACGUCCCAUCGUGUCUUACUCUACCAGUCCUGUACAGCCCUCUUGAUUGGGACGUUUGUCAUUAGCUUGACAUUAAUCAUUCCAUACAUCAUGAGCACAUUGUUCCUUUUCAUCUGUCUCCUCAUUCGCUCGCACUUUUUAAAAAUUUCGGAAAUGCUCAAGACUGUUGUGACCAAGCAAAAUUCUCCAAAGUUGUCGAGCAAAAUUGAUGCCCUGAGGAUACUACACGAACAACUCUGCCAGACUGUGACUUAUUUCGAAGAUUUCUUCGGAUUCCAGGUAUUGCUGACACUCUGCACUUGCUGUUUCACCGUCACCGUGGGGGCUUAUGCCUGCAUUAUCCACGAUACAUCCUCACCACAAGGCAAGGAGCUAACCGGAGCCUGGGGAAUGCAACUCUACUGUGCAGCAAUCUUUAUACUCCUCAUCCUCAUUUCUGGCCAACUUGUUACAAAUGCGGCCGCUUCACCGGGACCUGUUCUUAACGCGAUUCCCCUCACCGAGCUAGACCAACUUAGUCAGAUCCAAGUGACGGCUUUCCUUUCCAAGAUUUCCGCAUUUCCAACUAAAAUGAGCGCUGUCAAGAUAACUACAAUUUCGACUACGUUUUUAGCCUCUGCUGCCACCAAUAUCACGACUUACCUCCUUGUCCUCAUGCAAUUCAAACUAAGUGUGGAGAAUCGAUUUGAUGAUGAUGUUGAAAAUCUUACGAGCCAAGUGGGAGGCUUCGAAAUGGAUCCGUCAACUGAACCCAUAUUCUAUAAUGUCACCACCCCGGAGUCGCUUGCCUUCUUGACUGAAUCUCUCUAGUUGGAAAAUAUCUGUGAAAUUUAUAAUGCAUCUGUCAAUAUCAAAUGCCACACAUUCGCUAUGAAAUUGUGACAUCCCCACCCAGCCAACGGAGUCAAGUCAAUCCACUACCACCAAACCAAGAGCACGCAGAGUUAGAGCUACACAUACAUAUAUCGUCGUAACGGCCGGUUUUAUGUCAAUAUGACUCGGAAAGUAUGUGAAAAGUAGUCCACCCAAAAAACCUCUACUAACAACUAGAACUAUUAUCAGUCUUCUCAUAACCACCGCAUAUGUAUGGAUAUGGAUACACAACCAACCCCACCACCACCACCACUCGGCACAAGUAAAUCCCCCACCGUCCCAAAUCGCACCACUACCCUCAGACCAGACCACACCACCAGACAAAGAAAGAAGAUGACGAAGAACCAAGUGGCAUGUUGGAACAAAAGCAUCUUCUCCAAUACAGCAGCGAAGCCAAUAACAGACGUAUAUGCAGGAUAUCGUAGGAGAAGCGACCCAGUUUGGAGGAAACAUAACCAUCAUCAUCGCAUCUCAUCUUCGCUGUUUCACUUUGCAUGGAAUUGCCUAAGAAUGGGGCACAAGAGUCCUGUUUCUGGUUCGGGUUGGCACUUGGAUUCACAUUUCUCAUGUGGAUUUACUUACUUUAUAAUUUACUUUGACACUUUACACUUUAUCGCAUUGCAACACAAAUUAUUAAUUUCAACUCAACAGUCCUCACAUCCUGGGGAAAACCACCUUUCUCUGACAUGCUGCCUCCUCCGCCUUCUCAUCAUCGUCCUGCUGCUGCUGUUACACACACUCUGCCGCAACAGGGAGAGAGUGGUUGUGUGGAACACCAUGGGAAGUGCGAGGAGGUUAGGUUUCGUGGUUGAGUUGAAGCAGUUGUUGUUGUUGCAGAAUGCGAAAGAGAAAGCAUAUGAAACACUUUGUGUUGACAUAGAUGAUUUAAACCAUGCUACAUAAAUAACCGUUUGUCUAACUUUAAUAAAAGAGCCUUGUUGCGCUAAUGUUCUCAUUCAAACUACGCCAUGUAAUCAGAGUGAAACAAUAGGGAAAUGUGAUUAUCAGUAUACCCACCACACCACCACCACCAGCACCCACGUAUGGAUACCACUCGAACGUAUGUAUUAUGUUACCCGUUCCUUCCCACAACUACUCUCUACGUUACCACUGACUCAAUAAAACUGACAUAACUGAA